AUGAGAUUAUUUUUUGUUUCAAUAAUCAAAGUUAAAGUUAGAACAAGUAAACUAGGAGCUUUAUUCUGUUUGAAUCUUAGUUAGAAUUAUUUUUCAAAUCUACUGGAACACAUCAUUAUCAAAAUACAGGUUUUUAAACUAUGAUAAUAAAUUAUAUAUUUAGAUAAAAUGUACAUGA